CCCACUGUAAGAUUAAAAAAGUCAAGAAUGAGCCCCCAGGUUCAGUUGAAGUGACUUCCAUUACCCACUUAUCAAAAUUGCGUCUCCUUUCUAUCUAUAUUCGUAAUCAUCUUAUUUAUAGUGGGAUUCACUGUAAAAAGACGACAGAUUCUAUUUUACAGCCAAAAAUGAACCUGAACAGGGAAGGCACCAAAGUGCAAAGAUUGUACGAUGCCUGUAACCAUGUAUUUGCACAAAAAGGGUUACCAAAUUUUCUACAACUUCAGUCUCUCAAAAAUCUCUUAGAUACAUUUGAAGCUGUUGAUGUGGGUAUUGAUGAAUUCAGCUUGCCUGGAUCUCCAUCUUCAAGCCCAGAAGGGAUCAAGGAAUUGAUUUGUGGGCAAGGAGUAGCUGAAAUCACUUACAUUCACAUCCAUGAAUGUGACAAUUUCUCUAUAGGGAUAUUCUGCUUUCCGGCUGGAGCAAAUUUUCCCCUGCAUGAUCAUCCCAGAAUGACAGUACUUAGCAAGGUCCUGUAUGGAUCUGUGCAUGUCAAGGCCUAUGACUGGGUGAAGGUGGAAAACUCCAGCAGCCGGACAAUUGGACUAGCAAGAAGCGUCGUAAAUGGAAUUCAAAGUGCACCCUGUGAACCAUCCAUCUUAUUUCCAAAAAGUGGAGGAAACAUUCAUUCUUUCACAGCGUUGACGCCGUGUGCUAUCUUGGAUGUGUUGUCCCCUCCUUACUCUGAAGACCAUGGGAGAUCCUCCACUUAUUUCUCGGAAUUCCCCAUCCAUGGUCUUCCCGGUUAUUGCGUGCUAGAAGAGAGAGAUCUUCCGGGUGACUUUGCUGUAGUAGGAGCAUCGUAUCUUGGGCCAGACUUGAUCUUUCCUUGAGAAUAAAAAACUCAGAGCAUCUAUAGCUAGUAUAUAUGUAUUGUACAUCUUGUCUGACAUUUUUGCUUGUUUUAUGUCAAAAACUGAUGAAAGAUUUCUAGUUUGAUUAGUUGGGUUAAAUUCGGAUCCAUUUCACCUU